ACUCUCUAAUGGUUAAAAAAUAAAUAUGAAAAUGCGGAUUUUAAAGUGUUUUAGUUUUGUAUUUUCCGUGUUUAUUAUUUUAUGUUUUUUGAGUUGCAAAGCUGAUGGAUUCUCGGUGUUGAAAGCCAAGCGAACUCAAUCGGUGGAGGAUUCCACCACUACAAUCAGGCCAACUGCUGCAGCUGUCUUCAACGGCAUUGAGAAUAAUGAGGAGCAAACUACCAGUGCGUGGGAUACACCAAUUCAAUGGACCACGGAAGGAACCUCCAAUAAACCCCAAUCAAGCCUUCUAAUCAAUUGUGAAACUUGUCCGGACAACAUCACUUGCGUACCACAAAUUCAAUGCCCGGCGCAUGUACGUAUGAAGGAUCACGAGAAACCACAGAUUUGUGACCUGCCUGGCGGCAGUUAUGGCUACUGUUGUGUUACUGGUCAAAAUCACACAGCUCGCCGACCUGGUACGGAGCGUACUCCUUCCUCCGACUUUUUACCAAUGUCUGUGGUGGAGCAAACUCGUCAAAAGUUUGAAAAAUUAAUGCACAAUGUGGCAAUGUUGCCAGUUCGGCGUGGUCAGCCGGAGUUUUUGCAUGGCAUCACCUUUCAUUCGAAUGCGGUCGAUGAAAAGAAAAGCUUCCAUUCGUCCAAUUCAGCAAUUAAACAAGUCAUAGCCGGACAAUUGUUCUCUAAAAAGGAGGACAUUCCUGUAGAUGACCUAAUUACAAAUAAUGUACAAGUGGAUUUUAAGAAGACUCCCUUGGCACAUCAUUGCGCUGGACCUCUCAAAUGUGGUGUACCGAACACACCAUAUCGUUCUUUUGACGGUAUCUGUAAUAAUAAAUUAUCACAUCGUUCCCUCUGGGGCUCGGCAGGCCAACCCAUGGAACGUUUGCUUCCACCCGCUUAUGAAGAUGGAAUCUGGACACCACGUUUGCAUUCAGUGGACAGUAGCGAGCUUCCUGGAGCUCGUCAAGUAUCGAGUCGUCUUAUAAAGGAUAUAGAUUUGCCGCAUCCGAAAUAUAACCUUUUGUUAAUGCAAUUUGGGCAAUUUUUGGCACAUGACGUCACACAAUCGGCUUCCGUUCGCCUAGAAAAUGGUGAAAUAGUGGAAUGCUGUGCCGAAAACGGCGCUUUUGCUUUACCCGAACAUAAACGUCACUUUGCUUGUAUGCCAAUAAUGGUACCGCACGAUGAUGAGUUCUUUGGCGCUUUCAAUGUGCGCUGUAUGAAUUUUGUGCGACUGUCGUUAGCGCCCAAUACUGAAUGUAAAGUGGGCUACGGCAAGCAGCGCAGCAAAGUGACACAUUUCAUUGACGCUUCGGCUGUGUAUGGCUCGAGUGAAGCCACGGCACGUGAUCUGCGCGAGUUCAACGGUGGCCGACUUACCAUGUCACGAGAUUUUGGUCGUGAUCUACUACCAAUGAUAAGUGAUAAAAAGGCAUGCGAAAGUGACGAUCCCGGCAAAACGUGUUACAAAUCAGGAGACGGCCGGACUAACCAAAUCAUAUCCUUGAUCACUCUGCAUGUUUUAUUUGCACGGGAGCACAAUCGCAUUGCUGGUGUUUUGGCUCAACUGAAUCCUCAUUUCAGUGAUGAAACAUUGUUUCAAGAAGCUCGCCGCAUUUUAAUAGCGGAGCUUCAGCAUAUCACCUACAAUGAGUUUUUGCCUGCGCUCAUCGGUCCUCUGCAAAUGAAACGAUUCCGAUUGGUGCCGCAACAUCAUGGAUAUGCUCAGGGCUACAGCGAAGAAGUAAACCCAGCUAUUACGAAUGAGUUUUCCGGUGCAGCCUUUCGUAUGGGCCACUCCAUUGUCGAUGGCAAGUUUCAUAUAAAGGAAGAGGGUAAUAGAGUAGACGAAACCAUCAACAUACCCGAUGUAAUGUUCAAUCCUUCACGCAUGCGCAUGCGAUCCUUCUACGAUAACAUGCUACGUACUAUGUAUACCCAGCCAAUGCAAAGAGCGGACAGCUUCAUGACCCACGGGCUUAGCCGCUUCUUGUUUCGUGGUCACAAUCCGUUUGGCUUGGAUUUGGCAGCCUUUAACAUACAACGUGGUCGAGAUCAAGGUUUGCGAAGCUACAAUGAUUACCUAGAGUUGAUGGGGCAUAGGAAGUUGAAAUCUUUCGAAGACUUACCCCAGGAGAUCGGUAGUAAGCUGGCCGAAGUUUAUAAGCAUACAGACGAUAUUGACCUUUGGGUUGGCGGUUUGCUUGAAAAUCCAGUAGAUGGCGGUGUUGUUGGUAGUACGUUCGCCGAAAUAAUCGCAGAUCAAUUUUCCCGAUUCAAACAUGGCGAUCGGUAUUUCUACGAAUACAACAGAGAUGUUAAUCCAGGGGCAUUCACCAUUGAUCAGCUUCACGAAAUACGGAAGGCGACGAUGGCUCGACUGAUCUGUGAUAAUGCCGAUCACUUGACGUUAACUAAAGUUCCACCAUCGGCUUUUGUACAAGCUGACUUUCCACCUAACCAUCCAGUGGGAUGUGAUAGCGCCCAAAUACCAGUCGUUGAUCUGAAGGCUUGGCGCACAAGAUAAUUCAAGUGGAAAUUCACAGUGACACAACCAAUAAAUUAAUGAUUCUUUCGGCUGUUAAAGCAUGUAAAA